AGCUCAAAUGCCAAAGUGACGUAUAUCGUAAACAAUAUAAAAUCAUAUAAAAUCGAUCACCAUCAGCGUUUGUUAGCCAUCUUGUCCGAAAGUUUUUCACCGGGGAUUUUUCGAUGGCAGAAGCCCUUCCAGAAGUCCCAUCUAACGAUCCGACCCAGUUUUGUCGGCUGUGCUUCUCGCUGGAGAACAUGCACUGGGUCAUCCGUACCAACGGAACUGAGGUGGAUCGGCCCUUCAUCGAUACUAUUGUUUCCUGUCUAGGUGUGUGGCUCAAGCUGGAUGAGGAUUUUCCUUGUGCAGUAUGUCGGCGGUGUACAGCGGAAAUGGAACGAAUACUUGAUUUCCGCGAACAGUGCCGUCUCUGCGAUGAGGCACUUAAGCAGAAGCGACAGGAGGAUCCUACGGCGCUAGUUCUUUUCUAUGAUUACCCUAAGGAUCGGGUGUUUAUGGAUGUACCACCGAAAAUGGAAUUCGUUGUGGAUGAUACGAUUGCAGAUGUAGAGAAUGAACCAUUUCAAUUGGAAGUUAUGACGGACGAGGACAACAAAGAACAGAUAGUGAAACUUGAAGAAGAUAUUUCAGUAAAUCAGUCAGAGAAGGAGUUGGCAUUAAAGAGCUAUUUUGAAUCAUACGCUAGAUGGUCCCAACGGACAUUAACAGCGAAAGAUGAUGACGAAAUGACGGUAGUUGCACCAGAAACAUUGGAGCAGGAGAGACUGGCAGAGAUACAUCCCGAAUUGUUUCCCGACAAAGACGAUUCGGUCAAUCCAAGGAGUAUUGGUUGGUGUUGCUUAUGUAGGCGAAACUUUUGUACUGCCACAAAUCUUAAGAGUCAUCUGGCACAAAUGCACUAUGAAAACGGUGGAUUCAACUGUACUGUCUGCUGUAAGAAAUUUCCCACCUACCUACAGCUCAGAGAGCAUGCUUUGCGACACGAAACACAGCUAAUGAUCAGUUGCGACAAGUGUGGAAUACAGUUCAGAAGGUCACAUGAGCUAGAGGCUCAUCGCAAAACGGAUGGUUGCCGGGUUCGUACUUCUAUGUUUGGCAAAUGCCGAUACUGUGACAGAAUGUUUUCAAAUAAGGGACGCUACAUUUUUCACCUUAAGGCAUUGCAUCCGGAUAAACCAAUACCAAAUUUACCUGGCAUACGACCCUCGCACCAUUCUCAGCAGUCAACUUCUCGUGCAGAUGCGCCACAGGAUAAGUUAAUACAUAAUUCCACAGGCGGAGUCCGAAGAAUUGAUAAUAACGGACAAUUUGUCGUCCUUUUCCGAAAAAUUCUCCCAAAGCCAGAGCCAUCUUCAGACAGGAUAAUCCAAACAAAUGAGAGCACAUCGUCUCGGACUGUACAAAACGGUCGAUUCAUGGCAUCUCUGGAAAAACUUAACACAAAUCAACAAGACAAACGCCUACAACCAGUUCCACAAGCUCAGGUAGACCCGGCCGAAAUAAUCUGCACUGGCUGUUUCGCACAGUUUGACGAUCUGCCCGAUUUUACUACCCACCUGCAGCAGUGCUGCGCUACAGCUGACAAUCCUGUAGCAUCAGCGCCAAAACCGUUCUUGUUGUGUCGUUGUGACGUCUGUAGUGACAUUUUUGAUCAAAUCGAUCAAUUUUUAGAGCACCUACAACAGCACGAUCGUCCGUUCGAUGUGAAACCCCACGACUGUUCUUUGUGCAUUGAAUGGAGACUAAGGUCGACGCAGGAUCCGCGACCGUGCACUCCACCAUCAAUACUAGGCGAAUAAUUUUCUCUUGCUGCUACGGUUAAGGUACAUGUUUAUUUAUUUGACUCUGUUCAAUAAAACAAGCUUCAUAAUAGA